UUCCAUCUGCGCACUAGCUAGCGACCCGGAACAUGCUCUCAAAUUUCUGUGGUGCUGAUAACCCUCUCUCUCUCUCUCUAUAGGGGCAUCGAAAAGGCCAGGACCUUUGUGCAUAAUUCUUGAUCAUUUGCCACUCCCAAUUGCGAACUCCACGAGAGAGAAGGUUCUUUCAGUUCUUUCUCGUGUUUUGAGUCGAUUCUUGGCCGGAGUUGCAAAUGGCUUCCAUUCUGGCGAACUUGCCCCCAGCACCACUCAUCCACCAUAAGCCACAGCCCCUCUUGACAGCCGUCGGCACAUUCUCAGUCUCCACGCCUAAAGAAAGAGGAAAUCGUCUUGCUGUUGUAGUGAAGGCUACAGGCGAAAGCUCCGAUUCGUCCACCUCCCUAAGCAUUGUCAAGUCUGUGCAAAAUGUGUGGGAUAAGUCUGAGGAUCGCUUGGCUAUUAUUGGCUUGGGGUUUGCAGGUGUAGUGGCUCUCUGGGCGUCUGCGAAUCUUGUAACGGCCAUUGACAAGUUGCCACUUUUACCAAGUGCACUGGAAUUCAUUGGGAUACUGUUUUCAGCGUGGUUUACAUAUCGCUAUCUCUUAUUCAAACCUGAUCGGGAAGAGCUUUUCCAAAGCAUCAAGAAGUCCAUCUCAGACAUCUUGGGACAGUGAACUGUAUCAUCAUGUGUGCUGGAGGAUGAUCGAAGGGUCUCAAAAAUAGAAACUUUCUUUGGCUGUAUCCCUAUUUCACUGGUUACACGAGCCUUAAUUGCUGUCAUUUGGUUGUAGAAGUUGAUGGUGAAGAAGUAUCGAUGUCAAGUGGAGCAUGAAAACUAUAUAAUGUCCUGAACGCAUUUUGUUCCUUGGGAAGCCUGUAUCGGUAUUCUGCUCACGGUUUUUUCUCGAUAAUCUCUCUCUUUCUCAUAUCAUUAAACUUUUCAUUUAGUUUGAACUGGUUGUGCUUGUCUGUGCAUGAGACCUGGGCACAAAUGUAGUAUCAUUUCG